AUGAGCCGGCCUCCAGCAACAUCGCGCAAGGCGAGCAACGCAGACGGCGCGGGCUUUGCUAGGAGCGGGGCCCGUGCAGUUUCCAAGGUGGGAUGUGAUGUUUGGCAUGGAACGCCGAAGAUCCGCAAGCCAGAGCGAGGCGACGACCGAGGCACUUUCAGGGAGCCUGUUCUUGCUGGUGAGGGCUUCGCAGUUCUAGCAAGCUUCGAUCAGGUUUCGCGAAACAAGGCAGUGGACGAGGCUGCCUCAGCACAGACCGCUGACCCGGUCGAAGAUGCCAAGCAGGCUAUUGUGGCCUUUGCCCAGGAGGAGCAGUUGCAGAAGACGGUUCAGGAGACAGGGCAGAUCAAGGAGGACAAAGGCUUCGACGAAUCCACCGAGAAGGACACUUUUUCACAGAAAUGUUUCGACAUGGCUGUGAAGAAAUGGGAAGGAGCCCAGAAGGAUCUGGAAGGAGCCCGGGAGGAUCGGGACUUUGCGCGCCAAAGGCUUCGACUAGCCGUACAGAACCGCAACCAAAAAGAGAUCAAGGAGGCCACGGAGGCGUUCAACAAGGCCGAGUCGAAGGUUGACACGGCCAAGGAGGAGGCCGAAAGGGCCGAGAAGGAGGCCAAAAAGGCCAAUGAGGAGCUCGAGAAAGCCAAAUCAACAGCACCCCUUCAGGCAGGAUCUACUCUUCUGAAGAACUUUGGCGACGAGCUUCCCGAUCUUGACGAACGCUUCUUGAAUGGACGCAUCAACAACAAAGAAGAUCGUCCGUUCUUGGAGAGGGAGACAGUUGUGGACAAGGUUUUAGCUGAGCUGAACUACACGACCGGGUCACAAGGGUUGAAUAAGCCUAGGCUCGUUGCUCUUUGGAGCCCUAGGGGCACGGGCAAGACAUCGCUAGUUCGACAACUCGCACAAAGCAAGCAGUAUGCUGACAGCCGCAGAUAUGGACGGUUGCUGGUGUUCGAUGCACUGUUUCUACAGCAAUACUUGAGCACGGAUGCUGACAUGCUGGUGUCGGCCAUCAUCAUUUGGCAUCUUCUGCAGUUCUUCCACGACUACACUGUGGAAUUUGCGCCGGGGCAAAACGUCGUUUUUGAGCGCAGGGACUUUGGUCCUGUGUUGCAGCUUCUGAAACAGAGCCACUCGACUCCAACCCCAUCAGGUGACAGUGUUCUGUCGUGGAUUGCGUCCUGCUGUAAAAGCAGGGACGAUGUGCUUGACCAGUGGCUCUCAAUUACCGAACAAGCAUUAGCGGCGCCAAAAGACUGCCCUCGUCUUUUAUUCUUGGAUCAGGCAGAACUCCUUGCGAGCGCAAGCAGGGGGCAGAGCCACAUGGGAGGAACCAAGUCAAGCCUUACGGACAUUUGUUCAAGGCUUCCCCAGCAGAUGGCCUGCUUCUGUACAGGCACACUGAACUUGAUAAAGGGUCGCCCGGAUAUCGAGUACACAAAGCUUGUCGUCUGUGAAUUAGCAGCACUUGCACCACUGUCUCGAGACGCUGCUGUCUUGGCCAUGAAGCAAUGGAACGGGACGCAGUAUGACGAGAAUGUGUUCAACCAGAUUGUGUUUUUCUCGGGUGGAGUUCCUCGCCUGUUGCGGCAUGCUUUCGAGACGAGCGGAAUCUUCAAGUCAAAGGCAGCUACUGCGUUUAAUGCCAUGUCGAAGUGCUUCAAGGAGUCGUAUGGGUCUGCCGGACCUUGUUUUUCUCACCCAGCAGUUGCUUUAUCACUGGUUCUUUGCUCGGCCGUUCGGUGGCCGACAGCAGAUACCGAUCUUUAUAGUACUGUGCCUGGAACAUCUACAGCAUGGUCGGAUAUUUUCAACGCAGGAGCGGCAUUUCCAGCGAACAACUCUGUACAGGUUCCACGGGUUUGGUGGUGUUUUGACCAAGCGGUCCGCCAGCAGCUUCAGGGUGAGUUGAAGGCCUUGAACAUUCGUCUGGAUCGUCUCUUGCCAGACUCAUUGCAGCUGGUUGCGUCAAACAAUCGGGGGAACGUUGCGAGGGGAAAGCCGUGGGAAGAGCUGGUUGCACAUUCCCUAGCGGCACGGUUCCACCUUUAUUGCAUGCAACGCAACUGGACCGCCAACAACACCUGGGCUCCCUUCCUGGAGAUCUAUCCGACAGACAACGCACAUUUGAAAAUGGUCUUGGAACCAUUUGAGGUUUGCUGGAAGGAUGGGGUAUCGUACCCACAGAGUGAAGCCAGUGUCUCAGACACUGCUGGACAUGCUAUUAUGUGCAAUGUUCCGUUUCGGAAUGCUCACCAUGACUUGUUGAUUCCCGUGAAGCGGGUGAAGUGUGGCACGUGUGAGUACAUUGCAGCCCAGUGUCGGUAUGGAGCCAAGAAAACUGCAAAGGACCUGAACAACACAAGCCAAGACAAGGCUAGAAAGCCGAAGAAGAACGAAGCCCGAGAUACCCUUCCGGACAUGCCAAACGUGCUUCUCCAAAUAUGUCCCGAGAAAGAUGGUGCUCAGCCGUUUAAGGCAGGUCUCAUUGACCCCAGUGACAUUCCGACGCGCUUCUACGUCAGGUUGAUGUGGUUCUGCUUCGCUCAUCUCAUACGCAUCCGCCUCCUUGUCUGCGAUCUCAACGGUGAGCGGGAAAGACUUGGUGACUUGCAGGCUUUGGCAAACAUUGGUGGGCCGAACGUGCCGAUUGAGGACUGGAUGGUGGGAUUAGAGAUCUGCGGCAAGGAAUGUGUGAAACUCAUUCGAACCUUUGCGCUCAAGUCAGACAGCCUUACCGACCGCAUGGCACCGCUCAUGCUGUCACGGUGCUUGGCGUAUCUGUUCGAACUGGUGAACAAAGCCCAGCUACCUCCCAAUCUUCAUAAGUUGCCAUCGGAGGACACAUUAAAAGAGCAUCUCGAACGACAAGACCGCGUCAUCGUACCGAUUGACGAGCUCAACCUCCUGGUGCCAAAAGGAACAACAGACAACGUGGCAUCUCCGGAGUCUCUUCCUACGUCGAGCAAACAGAUACCCCGUCUUUACUACACACGAGCCGCUUGA